AUGUGUCUUUACACCCUGUCGUCUUCUGCCCUUGCCGCGCUCAUCCUCCAUGUCGCUGCUGCUGCUGCUGCGGUGACGACGGUGAACGUGCCGGUUCCUGUCCUGGCACCGACGAAGUCGCAACCACUUGCAUCUACGCUGCUCUCCUUUUCCAUCGAACAGGACAACUGGCCAGACUGGAGUGGGAUCGACGCACGUAAUGAAUUUACGUACAGCGCUUUGACAAGACUCGCCAACCUCACUGGGCAACCACCCAAGCUGAGAGUGGGCGCGGAUUCCGAGGACCAUACUGUCUGGUCCCCGACCGUCACGGUCAAUCAGGACAUCUUCCCGCCGGCCAACGCCAUUACCCCAUACCCUGAGGCCACGAAUAUCACCGUAGGCAAUGAGUACUACAGCUUGGUUCGCUGGCUGCCGGCAGGAACACGUAUGGUUUGGGGCGUCAAUCUCGGAUAUAAUAAUAUCACAAACGCUGUGAAUAUGGCCAAGGCCAUCAUGCGCGCCUUCAGCCUGCCGUCGGUUCAGAGCUCUGGAGUUAUCCUCGAGCGCAUAGAGGUCGGAAACGAGGCGGACUUAUACAGCAGCAAUGGAUUGCGCCCCUCGAACAACUGGACGGUGGAGAUUUACGUACCUGAUUGGGAAUCUGUGGCCGACCCGGUCGUCGAGACCGUGGGAAUCACCAACAACGACGGCCCCCUCACUCUCCAGGGAGCAGCGUUCGCAUCACAAAAGUUCACUCCACGAGAGAUUUUCGCACUGGGCAUCCUGAACAGCACGGCAGGAAAGACGAUAUCUACGAUCUCGCAGCAUCAGUAUUCGGCUGCCUUCUGCAAUGGUGGUGACUUCGGACUCAUUUCGUUCAUGAACAAAGCUUCUGUGCGUGGAAACCUGACAAUAUUCGAAGCCGACAUCAACGCGACAUACGAGCACGGCUUGACUUACGUCCUUGGCGAAACAAACAGUGUCGCAUGUCACGGAGCUCCGGGUGUCAGCAACACAGCUGGUGCCGGGCUUUGGGUCAUCGACUACACGCUCUUCGCUUCCACCAUCGGCAUCCGAGAGCUUUACUUCCACGAAGGCAUCGGCUACAAGUACAACUUUAUCCAGCCUGUGACCCUGAACAGGUCUACGAUCAACGGCUCUCCUCUGGAUACCCCCGCGCCGCCACACAUCCAGCCGCCUUACUACGGUGCUCUCGUCGUCGACAGCCUCGUCGGAUCCACUGGCCUCGCGCAGGUUGUCGAGCUCGACGUCACGGAUAAUAACACGAGCGGCUACGCGGCGUAUGAGGCCGGCCGCCUGGCACGGGCCGUGUUCGUUAACCUGGACGCAUGGACCACCAACAGCACGGGCACGCGUCCGGUCGUACACCUGAAUCUCGACUUCGCGCAGGGGGUAGUGACCCAGGCGACCGCUCGGCGUCUGGUCAUCCAACACGCGGACGACACUGCAAACCUUACGUGGGCUGGUCAGAGCUACGAGCAGACUGCGAACGUCAGCCCGACGGGCCAAAUCGUGGUGGAGGACGUAAACCUGGCAGAGGGCUUCGAUCUGCGUGCGACAGAGGCCGUUCUGCUUACGUUCUGAGUAGGGCAGAUGUGUAGCAUCAGUUCGUAUCUGAAUGAAAUGAACUGGGGGCUCGUGAGAACCUCCAGCGACGCG